CCAUUAUUAGAAAUUAAAUUAAAAUAAGUUAAUAACUAAUAGGGAGAUUACAUAAUUUACAUUGUAACUUUUGUCCACUUGAUACUAUUUUACAAUUAAUUAAAGAUUCCGCCCUAAAUUCCGACCUUCAAAAACCUCAAACGAAAUCACCCCACGAAUCCAACAUCAAGAAAGAAUGUCGGUUAUCCAAUGUGAAACUUUUUACGAAGACGUACCAACGUUGGAUGAAGUCAAACAUGAAAUUUCCAGUAUUGUGGGAUUGUCAGAGAUCAAAAAGCAGUUGGAAUCAAUUCUGGAGAAAAUAAUUGACGCGGAGAAGGACGCCGCUGAUGGACUUAGGGUUAUACCUCCAAAACCCUUUCACAUGGUAUUCGUCGGCAGCAAUGGAACAGGCAAGUCCACAGUAGCUCGAAUAAUUGCUAAACUAUUUUAUUUGGCCGGAGCUUUGGCUUCAUACACUGUGACUGAAAUGCAAGGAAAUCAAAAGAUGAAAGAUGCAGAAGGCGGCCUACUGCUUGUGAACAUAGACGAGGAAGAUCCCAUUAAUUCGAAUACACUGGAGGAGAUCAUAGCUGCGAUGGACGAGGGAGACUCAUCGAUCGUGUUAGCCGGAAACUACAAGGCCUUGAACCAAUACAUGAAGUCCAACCUCAAAUUGUACAAAAGGUUCUCAGCGAGGCUACAAUUCGAUGACUUGACUUGCGAAGAUCUUGCCAUGAUUCUUGAGAAGAAGGCAAGCAUUAAAGGGAAGGACGGUUUGUUAUGUGGCUUUGAGCUGGAUAGUUCUUGCAGCACUGAUAGUAUCUCCCGGACGAUUGCUGAGCUUACGCCUCAAAAUCUAAGAAGCUUGCUGAAUGCACAUUUGCUCGAUCAGAUGCUAAUCGAGGCAAAGAAAGUGGCUAUGCCAGGUGAGAAAACCAUAUCAUUGAGGGACCUAGAAAUGGGUAUACAGAAUGGGGCAGAUAUCUACAAGAAUUUGCUAAAUUUGUGAUUUUACAGCAAAAUUAGAGCAAUUUAUGAUUCUGAAGAAAUGGACAAUUAGUUGUUGUUGAAUCAUACUUCAUAGUGAGUAGUUACUAAUUAUUUCACCAUUUGUAAGAUAACCCAACUCUUGGUGUGCUAAUGCCAGCCAUUUUUGAUGGCAUUGGUAAUUUCUGUAGUCCAAGUCCUUUUUAGCUAUCGUGUUUGUAUUUCUUCUCAUACUAGUAUUUUUCAUGUACACUUGUAAUAGAUAUGAUGAAAUAACAAACUACGUAAAUUAAACAA